UUAUUUUCACAAAACCCUUUUCUUUUUCUUUACGCACAGCUCUGAUAUAAGAUUGAAUCCACCACAACACUACGUCUUCAUCUUCUUCUGCGAAGCGAAAUCAUUUUCCGUCAUGGCAGCUCUUCAAUACUUGGAAUCUCUGAAAAGCUCUCACCCAGAGCUCAACGAAUGGUACGAUUCCCUAUCAGAUCUGUAUCAGAAAAAGCUAUGGCAUCAGCUCACCCUCAAGCUCGAGCAGUUCAUCGCUCUCUCCGUCUUUCAGGCUGGAGAUGCGUUGAUACAGUUCUACCACAACUUCAUCACCGACUUCGAGACGAAGAUCAACCUCCUCAAGCUCGCGCACUUCGCUGUGGUGGUCUCACGUCAGUACUCUGAGAAAGAAGCUGCGGUUAGCUAUCUUGAAGGCGUGAUUGAGAAGCUUAAAGCUACUAAGGAGCCUCGGAUCACUGAACCUAUCGUUUACAUUGAGACGCAAAAGGCUUUGUUCAAGCUUGAGCAAGGUGAUCAGAAGGAGUGCAAGAAGGUCUUGGACGAUGCGAAGACCUCUCUUGAUAGCAUGACUGAUAUUGAUCCUUCCGUGUAUGCUAACUUCUACUGGGUGUCUUCUCAGUACCAUAAGUGCCGUCAGGAGUUCUCUGAUUUCUACAAAAGUGCUCUGCUUUAUCUCGCGUAUACCUCUGUGGAGGCGCUCUCAGACUCGUUUAAGCUGGAUUUGGCUUUCGAUUUGUCACUUUCAGCUCUACUUGGAGAGAACAUCUACAACUUUGGAGAGCUCUUGGCCCAUCCCAUUUUGAAAAGUCUUCUUGGAACAAAUGUGGAAUGGCUUUACCACAUUCUCCAAGCAUUCAACCAUGGUGACUUAGUUCAGUAUCAAGAACUGUGCCGUGUGCACCAUGCAUCCUUGAUUGCCCAGCCAGCUCUGGUUGAGAAUGAGAAGAAACUAUUGGAGAAGAUCAACAUUCUCUGUCUGAUCGAGAUCAUCUUCAGCCGACCUGCUGAAGAUAGGACCAUUCCUUUGACUGUCAUUGCUGAGCGUACUAAACUUUCCAUUGAAGAUGUUGAGCACCUUCUCAUGAAGAGUCUUUCUGUGCAUCUGAUUGAGGGGAUUAUAGAUCAAGUGAAUGGAACAGUUUACAUCUCAUGGGCGCAACCGAGAGUGUUGGGGAUUCCACAGAUCAAGUCUUUGAGGGAUCAAUUGGACAGUUGGGUCGACAAAGUCCACACCACUUUGCUAUCUGUUGAAGCUGAGACACCAGAUCUUGUUGCGGCAUAAGAAAAACCUACCUUUUUUUUCCUUUUAGAGCUGCUGAUUAUAACUCUAUUUCUGGGAUAAGAUGCGAGAAUAUUAGCGAUUGCAGUGUUUGAAGUUACAGUUGCUUUGGAUUAUUGUUCCAUUUUCAAGUUUCUCCUUUUUUUUAA